GUGAGUUAGUAACAUCGACAUAACCUUAAACCGGUUUAAGGUUAGUCUUUUUAGCUGUACUGUGCUUCUGUAAAUAUUUAUUAUUAGUUUCUUAAUAAAGUGAUUCUUGAAAAUGUCUGACGACGAAGAGGUACCUUAUACUAAAAAAAUCAAAACAAUUCAUUACGGUUCAUUAGAAGAAUCUGAAAAGAGCAGACUUGACGUUCAAAAUGAAGGAAGUAAUGAUUCAGAUCCUGUGUUACCAUCUGCAUCUCAAACACAGGAUGCUCCAGAAUACAUGGAACUGGAAGAUGCUAUGUCAAGGGACAAACAAGCCCUACUGGAAGAAUUCGAGAGAAGACGAAAGGCAAGAUCAAUUAACGUAUCGACUGAUGAUGCCGAGGUGAAGAGAAACCUCAGACAAUUGGGAGAACCCAUUUGUUUAUUUGGAGAAGGACCAGCUGAUAGAAGAUCGCGAUUGCGAGAUAUUCUAAGCAGAACUGGUGAAGAUGCUGUGAUAAAAAGAGAGGCAGAAGAAGAAAGGAAGCUGUUCGAGAAAGACCAAGAGACUACUUGGUAUCACGAAGGUCCGGAUUCUUUGCGGGUGGCUAGAUUAUGGAUAACUCGAUACUCCUUACCAAGAGCAAAAGAGAGGUUGGAGGAGGCCACAAGAUUGGCAGAUUUACCUGCUGCGACAAAGACAGCGAGAACUCAAGAAAUGCAGAAGAAAAUUCAGGCCAUGUCGAUUCAUUCCAGUCAGAUCGGAGAUACUAGACCCGUAUCUUAUUGCCAGUUCAGCCCCAACUCGAAGCUAUUAGCUACGGCGUCAUGGUCUGGAUUCUGUAAAGUUUGGUCAGUUCCCGACUGUGAAUUAAAACAAACUCUACAAGGCCACAAAUGCAACGUUGGGGCUAUCGUUUUCCAUCCGAAGGCGACCAUAAGUCAAGAAGAUACAAUUUGCAAUAUGGCUUCUUGCGCAGUAGAUGGAUCUGUCAAACUAUGGGAUUUCACAAGCCAUGAACCCAUUGCUGAUAUCGAAGGUCACAUGCCUCACAGGGUAUCAAGGCUGAAGUUCCAUCCUUCGGGAAGGUUUCUGGGAACUUGCUGUUAUGAUAAUUCGUGGCGUUUGUGGGAUCUGGAACAGUGCACCGAAGUACUCCAUCAAGAAGGGCACGUCAAGCCAGUGUACUGCAUAUCGUUCCAGGCUGAUGGGUCUGUUUGUGCUACAGGGGGGUUGGACGCGUUCGGCAGGGUUUGGGACUUGCGCACCGGAAGGUGCAUAAUGUUCAUGGAAGGUCACCUGAAGAGUAUCUUGGGCAUCGACUUUUCAUCUAACGGAUUCCAGAUAGCCACUGCCAGCGAGGACAACUCAUGCAAAAUUUGGGACCUCCGCAAAAGGUCCAUCCUUUACACCAUUCCCGCUCACACAAACCUCAUUUCCGAAGUGAAAUUCCAGCCGGAACACGGCAGCUACCUGGCCACAGCGUCCUACGAUAACACGGUCAAGCUGUGGAUGAACAGGACGUGGCAGCCUUUGAAAACUCUUUCAGGCCACGACGGGAAGAUUAUGUCUGUGGAUAUUUCUCCGGAUGAUCAGUAUAUAGCCACUAGUUCGUAUGAUAGAACGUUCAAGCUGUGGACUCCUGAGUUGUCUUAGUUUGUAGGUUUUCUGUGUAAAUAACUUGC